GGGGGGAGGGAGAGCCCUGGGGUAGGGAGAGAUACAAGGCAGUUCCCUUGUCAGGAGGCUUCCCUGCCCAGCUGCCAGUGCGGAUUUGUUCCCCUAGAAAUGGCCAAACUAGCAGUGAGGGGAGGGCAGGGUGACCAUCUGUCCUGAUUUGGGCAGGACAGUCCUGUAGUCAGGGCCGGCGCUUCCAUUUAGGCAACCUAGGCAGUCACCUAGGGCGCCAGGAUUUGGGAGGAGGGCAUUUUGCCACCCUCGGCGGCAAUUCGGUGGUGGGGGAUCCUUACGCGCUCCAGGGCUUUGGUGGCAAUUCGGCGGCGGGUCCUUCACUCGCUCCGGGACCCGCCGCUGAAGUGCCCCGAAGACCGGGAGCGCGGAAGGACCCCCACCUAGGGCGCUAAAAACCCUGGCGCCGCUCGUGCCUGAAGUGCAGACUUCAUGUCCUGAUCCCGGGCUGAAUGACUGUGAGACACCAUUUGUCCCGGAUUCGCGGUGCCAGGGCUCUGCACCUGCCCCAGGCUCAGGGGCAGCGCCAGCCUGUUCCCUGUGGGCGGGGCUGAGGCUGAGGAAUCACGUCCACAUUUCACUCCAGAUCAUCCUAUCUUCCAGGACACGGGGAAGGGAAAUGGCUUUGAUGGAGCCAGCUCAGAUGCCGGUGACCUUCGAGAAGGUGGCUGUGUAUUUCACCCAGGGGCAGGGGGCUCUGCUGGACCCCACUCAGAGAGCCCUCUACAGGGACGUCAUGCUGGAGAACUAUGAGCUGGUGACCUCGCUGGGAUUCCCCAUUCCCAAACCUGACCUGAUCGCCCGGCUGGAACAAGGGGAAGAGCCGUGGGUCCCAGAUCUCCAGGCCUCUGAAGAAAGGAAGAGCCCAAGAGGCACCCACAAAGCAGGUGAUAGGACGGUGAGUGAGAACAAGGAGGAGAAUCAGCAGGAGGAAGGUCCUGGGAAAGUGGUAUCACAGGAGAUGGUUUUCAGAAAAGCUGAAGGGAAUUUUUCCCAGUGCUUGGAACAGGGAAAUGCCUGGAGAGAUCGACACAGAUCAGAGAUGCAGCUGGGAAACCAUCUCAGGAAGAAACUGGAUGAAUCCAUUCAAGGUGGCAGAGGAUGGAAGGAUCCCAAGGAAACCGUAGUCCAGCAGAAAAGUCACAAUGAAGAGAAACCUUACAAAUGCCUUGACUGUGGGAAAAGUUUCCGUUUCAGUGCAAACCUUCUUAAACAUUGGCGAACCCACACAGGAGAGAAGUCCUACGAAUGCUUGGACUGUGGGAAAAGCUUCAGCGAGAAGUCAAACUUUAUUAUACAUCGGAGAUUGCACACAGGAGAGAGACCGUAUAAAUACCUGGAGUUCGGGAGAAGUUUUAGUCAGAGGUCACUCCUUCUUGCACAUCAGAGACUGCACACAGGAGAGAGACCCUAUAGAUGCCUUGAGUGUGGGAAAAGUUUCAGUUUGAAAUCAACCCUUAAUAGACAUCGGAAAACACACACGGGAGAGAAACCGCAUAAAUGCCUGGACUGUGGGAAAACUUUCAGUCAGCGCUCAAACCUUACUAAACAUAGGGGAAUCCACACAGCAGAAAGACCAUAUAAAUGCUUGGAUUGUGGGAAAACAUUCGGUCAAAGCUCAUACCUUAUUAAACAUCAGAGAAUCCACACAGGAGAGAGACCAUAUAAAUGCCUUGAGUGUGGGAAAAAUUUCAUUCGUCACUCAAACCUCACUAAACAUAGGAGAAUCCACACGGGCGACAAACCCUAUGAAUGCAACGACUGUGGGAAAAGUUUCAUUGAGAGAACAAAACUUACUAGACAUCAGGCAAUCCACACAGGAGAGAAACCCCAUAAAUGCUUGGAUUGUGGGAAAACUUUCAGUCAGAAGUCCCAACUUCUUAUACACCGGAGACUGCACACAGGAGAGAGACCUUAUAAAUGCCUUGAGUGUGAGAGAAGUUUUAGUCAGAGCUCAAAUCUUAUUACACAUCAGCGAACCCACACGGGAGAGAGACCUAAUGUAUGCCUUGAAUGUGGGAAAAGGUUUAAGCACAGUUCAUCCCUAAUUAAUCAUAGGAGAAUCCACACGGGAGAGAGACCCUAUAAAUGCCUUGAAUGUGGGAAAAGUUUUAUGGAAAGUUCAUCCCUUACUAAACAUGGGAGAAUCCACACGGGAGAGAGACCGCAUAAAUGCCUCGAGUGUGGGAAAGGUUUUAUAGAAAGUUCAUCCCUUACUAAACAUGGGAGAAUCCACACAGGAGAAAGACCCUAUAAAUGUCUUGAGUGUGGGAAAAGUUUCAGUUUGAAAUCAACCCUUAAUUCACAUCAGAAAACCCAUGCAGAAGAGAAACCCCAUAAAUGCCUGGACUGUGGGAACACUUUUGCUAGGCGCUCAUCCCUUAUUAAACAUGGAAGAAUCCACAUGGGGGAGAGACCUUAUAAAUGCUUUGACUGUGGGAAAAGCUUCAGUAAGAGCUCAGAGCUCACCAAACAUCAGAGAAUCCACAAGGGUGAGAGAACCUAGAAAUCGCUUGACCGCAGGAAAAGAUUCAAGUUGACUUCACACAUCACUGACCACCCAUUAGAAUCUGGGGGAAGCUUCAUUUGGUGCUCCCGGAGUAUCAGGCACCUGCCAAUCCACAUAGGGAAGAAAUCUCUGAGAUGUUCUCAUUGUGGAAAAUGCUUCAAGUGGAGCUAACGCCAUGAUGGACAUCAGAGACUCCUCCACACAGCAGGGAAAUUCUCUCAGGGCCCUGACUAGGGCUAGUCAUGGUGACCAAGCCAUUUCCUCGUUCCCACACACAUCAGGGGCAUUUGGCUCCCAAGGAUCCAGCUGCCCAUCGCUGCGGUGAGGAUCCAGCAGCAGCCGAGCAGCAGCUGGUCAGUGACCCUCUAGCUCUGCCUGGUCUAAGCAAACCCCAGGCAGAGGAGAAGCCCCAAUUAGCCCCUCCUCCACCCCUCCCCCUCCCCCCCCCCCCCCCCCCCCCCCGUUGCAGUCCUGGCUGCUGAGCUGAUGGGCCAUGGGUGAGGGAAAGGAGAGAAACUCCUCCAGCUGCUCCCUCUGCCUGGCUGAAGUUCCCACCUCUCCCUUCCCCUCCCAGCUGGGAUCCCCCUGCUAUAGAGAUGAGAAGGACACUUGGGCCAGGCCCCACCUUCACUCUAGACAACUGUCCUCAGCCCCUGAGAUGGGCUCCUCCACUUACCUGGAGCUGUUCCCUGCAGAGCGAGUGUUCCUGGGGGCUGGUAACUCCUCCCCUCCCCAAAUCACCCAGGGCGCUGGGCUCCAGGGGAUCAAAUAAUGAGGGACCAGACUGAUGGGUUAUGGAAGGAAAUGGGAUUGAAUGGUUGGAGCUGGGGAUCAGGGGGAGCUGGGUGCUGGGGUAUCGAGUGUUUGGGGCUCAUGGGAUUAGAGGUGAGGGAGAGCACAGGGGUAGCGAGGUGCUGCCUCUCAUCACUCACCCUAUCUGCCCCAUCCCCCUGCCCCCUCUGCGUUCAGACAGCACCACUGAGAGGGGCUGAUUCCCAGAGGGCCUUUUGUGGGAGGCCUGGAGAUCCCCCCUCUGCCUUCACAGCAUCAGCUUCUGGACAUCUAUGGUAGGAAUGAUGGUCAGGAUCAGCCAGUGCAUCUUUGUGACUGUGCACCGGAUUUCCUGGUGUAAACUCACUCCGAGCAUCUUAUGUGUAAUGCUAAGAUUUUGUCAUGGAUAUUUUUAAUAAAAGUCAUGGACAGGUGGCAGGCAAUAAAGAAAUAUUCACGGAAGCCCGUGAUCUGUCUGCGACUCUUACUAAUAACAUCUAUGAAAAAAUGGGGAGGGAGAAGGCUCCAGCACCCAUUGCUGCGGGGGCUCUGGGGUCUCAUGGCGGCUGGGCAGCUGCGGGAGCUCUAUCUCAGAGCUCUGAGGUCUCCCCACCAUUUGUGGCUCAGAGCUCCUGGGCCCCCCAGUGCCUGUGGCAUCCAGGAGCUGUGGGGGGCCCCAGCCACCUACGGUGACUCAAAGUCCUGGCAGCCACCCACGGCAGCGGGAGCUGUGGGACACCCACACAGCCUGCAGCAGCUCAGAGCUCCAGGGGGCAGCUCUCGGCUGCCAUGGGUCACAGGGGGACCCCGCAGCUCCAAGCCGCCAUGGGCUGAAGUCACAGAGGUCUCUGGAAGUCACAGAUUCCGUGACUUCUGCGAAUCUAUAACAAAAUCGUACCUUUACUUAUGUGUUGUGACCCCCUCCCGUUCACAGGGUGAUCAUUAGUCCCUGAGUUCCCCCAUUGGGGCCGGAUUGUCUCAUUCCCAAAUAGUCUCACCUUACUCCAGGCUGUGCUGAAAAGCAUUUAGGUGUUUGAACAUUUUCUCCCUUGUGGACCAGAAUUAACUACAUGCUAAAAAAGUGAGAGCAGGGACAGUAAAAAAGUGGUGUUUUAGCUUCUGUGCUAGUUUAAGGCAAUGGGGUGAGCCUGAGGGAUUCCCUCCUUCCCCCAGCACUGUCAUGGUCCACUCUCGAUAGAGCAGCCUCUGUCCAAGCGAUGGAGAGUUUUAUCCUGUCUCCAUCCUACCUCUCCACCUUCCAAGGUGUCACUUACCACCAUGUCCCUGGCUCUCCAUAUUUAGGAGUCACAGUUUUGAUGUCUAUGAUCUUAAGUCAGACCCUGGAGGGCUGGAGAAGGAAGUGUCACAUACCUGGGAGUGGACGGAAAUCCCAAUGAACCUCAAAGCACAGUUUGACCUUUCAGAAUUUAUAGCCCUGUUUCCAUCUAUUGGUAAAAUUGCUUCCUGACUUUUUCUAGGCUAAUCCAGAUUAUUUUUAGAUGGGAAGGUUUUUUGUAUAUCUCUCUCAUUCUUAAAUUAUAUUUAUGCUAAUACUUUUGCAACUAAUACAACCAAAUAAUGAGGUGAGAAAUUAUGCCUUUUUAGCCACUUCAGAAGAAAAUAGGUAUCUUUUUUUCCCCUGAUUUUGAGUCUUAAAGGAUUCUCUGAGAUUUCACUGUAUGAUAUGAAAGUGUUUUAUAGCCCACCCAAACAUCAGAGAAUCUAUAAGGGUUUGUGGGUUUCUCUCUCUUCAUGAAGGCCGUUAGGUCACAUACUUUGAUAUUGGUUUAGUUUGACAGGACGUAGCUCAGAUUUGUUGAGGAAUUCACGAGACAAAUGGUCAUUUGCCAAAAUCGUCCUUUUUUAGAUUUGAUUCUAAUCUUUAUCUAACUGUUUGUCUUGAGAUUUUUGUGUGUGGUUUAAAGGACGACAGUGAUCAGUAUCUCUCAGCAGAAACAUGAUAGGGCGAGCUAAAGUAACACUGCGAGAGGCUGAGACCGAAAUGGGGAAUGAAGUUACUGCCUGAUCCCCACAGAGAUGUGAGAUACCAUUGGGAGUGGGAGAAGGUGGGGGUAACUGAGCUGGGAAACUGCUGGUUUGCUCUUCAGAGACAGAUAACUGAAGCUCAGAACUGUGAACUCACUGCAGAGAGAAACUAGAAUUGGACUGCGAGUGUUGUGUGUAGCUGCACCUGAACUCUAAAGGGCCAUGAACAACAUCCCAAAAAGAAUGAGGGAGGAGGGGCAGCAUCUCCCUGUUGCUGAGAUGCCGAGGUUGGGCGCAGGCAAGAAGAGAUCCGGGGAUGUCAACAGACCUGGGCCAGCCUUGAAGCCAGGCCGACACCCAGCAUUAAGGCCAGGGGGAGAUGGGGAACCUGACAGCGCAGCUGGUCACUGUGGUACGGCAUCCCAUAUCUUUAUAGAGAUGCUAUUAUGAUAUGGUUAUGGCAUAACUAUGAUGUAUUUUAAACAAGAUAGGUCAUGUGACAGAUCAUUGUAAAGGUUAUAAUUUACUGAACAUGAUUAUCCUAUUUGUAUGCGUGUAUCAUUUUUAUAUCAAAGUUAGGAAUAUUGACUCUGUAUGUGUAUUACAAAUGUGUUUACACCUGGGGAACGAUUCAGUCUAAAUGGCUGGCUGGUAAGUGCCAUUGGAGAGAAUAAUAGGUCUUCAACAAAGCUAAUCUCCCACCAAGGAGCCUUCCUGAGGAAGCUUCAAACCACCUGCAAGUCAUGGCUACUGUGAUGCUACAGGGUCAUGUGACCAGAUCACCUAGUACUGGACUCCAUCUUGGAAAACCAGUAUUUUUCCACUGAAAGGUGUGGGAACCAAGCUUGGCGACAAAGGAUUCCCACCAUAUGCACAAGCUAUUUAAAGCAGGGGAGUGAUGACAUCAUGGUUCUUCCCUUAUUCCCUGCCCAGAGGAGACUCUGGGGAACAAGGACUGAACUGGAGAGGAGUGCCGAAUCCAGGCUAGAGGGGUUUCUAGCCUGUGAAAGGAAUUCCUGAGAAUUUUAAGCUGCAAACAAGGGCAGCUGACCCCUUAAGAAUCUCUGGAACCGGCUUAAAUCAUUAUUUAGGGUGAGAAGUUGCUUUUCAUAUCCAAUCUCUUUAGUACAUUAAGCUUAAAUUGUGUUUUGUUUAUUUGCUAGGUAAUCUGCUUUGAUCUGUUUGGCAUCCUUUAUAAUCUAUCUUUUGUAGUUAAUAAACUUGUUUUUGCUUUAUCUAAAA